CUUUGAAGGUCAGGAAGCUUCUUUCACAUUUCCCACGUCAGACAAGAGGUUUGUUGUGGCCACAAGCCUGAGCGAUUUUUUUCGCAAAAUAUUUCGAUUCUCCAAACAUGGAGCUUCUAUACCGUGUGUUUCUCUUGUGUUUCGUGUCGCUUGCAAGAGGUCUCUAUGGUCCGCAAACUGACGUGGUUCAACUUACAGCAAAUAAUUUUAGAUCGCAGGUUAUGGACAGUGAUAGUGUAUGGCUUAUAGAAUUCUUUGCUCCUUGGUGUGGCCACUGUAAAGCAUUAGCUCCAGAGUGGAUUAAAGUGGCGUCAGCCCUGAAGGGUGUUGUCAAAGUUGGAGCUGUAGAUAUGGAUGACCAACAAAAUCAACAGUUAGGAGGACAAUAUGGUAUCCGGGGAUUUCCUACAAUAAAGGUUUUUGGUGCCAACAAGAACUCUCCAAGUGAUUAUAAUGGUGCUAGAACAGCUCAGGGUAUUAUUGAUUCUGGUCUCAGUGCUGCUAAAUCCAUGGUGAAUCAGCGACUUUCUGGAGGUGGGAAAUCUGGCUCUGGAAGAGGAGGAGGAGGGGGAGGAAAACAGGGUAACAAGGAGGAUGUAGUUGAACUGACUGAUGCCAACUUUGAGAAAGAAGUUCUCAACAGCAAAGACCUUGUUCUUGUUGAAUUCUUUGCACCUUGGUGUGGUCACUGUCAAAGACUUGCUCCUGAAUGGGCAAAGGCAGCAACGGAGCUGAAAGGCAAAGUGAAAGUGUGCGCUCUUGAUGCCACAGCUCAUACUGUCACUGCUGGGAGGUACCAAAUUCAAGGUUACCCAACUAUUAAGGUCUUUGCUGCAGGUGCCAAAGAUUCCAGCAGUGCGGAAACCUAUGAAGGAGGAAGGACAGCUUCGGACAUUGUACAGUUUGCACUGGAUAGGCUUGCUGAAUCUGUUGAGCCACCAGAGGUGCUGGAGAUUGUCAACAGUGAGGUUAUGAAAACUAACUGUGAGGAGAAACCCAUCUGUGUUAUUUCUGUUCUGCCGCACAUUCUGGAUUCUGGAGCUUCUGGAAGGAACAAGUAUCUGGACAUCUUGAAGUAGAUGGGCGAGAAGUACAAGAAGAAGCUGUGGGGUUGGAUCUGGACGGAGGCUGGGGCACAGGAAAAGCUAGAGGAUGCUAUUGGCUUGGGAGGCUUCGGGUACCCAGCUAUGGUAGCAGUUAAUGCUCGCAAAAUGAAAUAUGCUACACUGAGAGGUCCUUUUGAUAACAUCGGUAUUGACGAGUUUCUUAGGGCUGUUUCAGUUGGUCGUGGUGCAACGGCACCCAUUAAGGGUGCAGGGCUUCCUACUGUAGAGGAAAGAAUACCCUGGGAUGGCAAAGAUGGGGAACUUCCUGAAGAAGAAGACAUUGAUUUAUCAGAUGUAGAUCUAGAUGAGGAUGAAGGGGAUAAAAAAGAUGAGCUCUAAAUUUGUGGAUGUGUUGAACAGAACUGAUAUUUGUUGGAAAUUUUUGUGUGUAGUGCAUUUUCAGCUUCAGUUGUAAUGUGCACAACUUGAGUCCAAGAAGAGAGCCUAGAUUUCUUAAAAGGGUACAAGAGUUACCACGGUCUUAACUUUUUAUCACAAGUGGUUUUUCUCAUCAAUAUUAGGCAGUUGUUCACUAAUAAAAUAAUUUAAUGUUUGGUCA